CGGUUUUUCUCGCGGCACCGUGGCCUACCGGUCACGUUGGGACCGUCCGCUUCUCUGUUCGCGAUUCGCGCUGCUCAAGAGCUCAAUUUGUUUUUUAUUCGGUAUAUCUGCACUACCUGUAUAUGGUCCUGCGAAUACGUAUCGAGAUACCUGUACCUGGCCGGCUCGAAAUAAAGAUACCUGUACCUGUCCCGCGCUUUGGUUGUUGGCCCGUUUUAUUGCUCUAGAUCUGAUGGCCGGGAGCUUCACUUUCGCCCACUCCCCACAAUGGCGUCGCUCUGCCACCGGUGACGGGCAGCCUUCUUCUCCAGCGCCGUCGAGUCCAUUGGAAUGCCUAAUCCUAGCCACGGACCGCGGACGUGUAGGGGCAGUGGCGCCAGUGGGGAUGAACUUGGGUGUUCAUCCGUGAUGUUGUUAGGAGAUGAACAGUUCGAAUCCAAUGAGUUAUCGUACAUGGAGCUUUUGAGCAGAGUCGAGCUUCAACCAAUUCCAGAACAAGACGAGGUGGGUGAAAUGGAUUUUAUUCCCCCAAACCAAUUACCAGAAGAAUCAAUUGAAACAGAUGCUUUCUACAAUAGCUAUUCAAAUAAAAAUGAUGGUUGUUAUUCUGAAGCUGGAAGUGCUUCAAACACGUCAAGGUGUUUUUCCUCUUUCAAUCAAUCUGAUGCAGAAUCAGUCCCUCAGGAGGUUUCCUCUGCAAAAAAUGACAAUCUAUCAGAAACAAUAGAAGUUUCCGUGAGGAAAUACUGCGAAGACAAGUCCUAUGACAUGUUCAAACCAGAAGUCGGGAUGAGAUUUGAUACUUGCGAGGAUGCUUAUAAGUUUUACAAUAUGUACUCCUGGGUUCUUGGAUUCAGUAUCCGCUGCGGUGAUAACUACACAAACACAAAAAAAGUUCGUACCAAUCAGGAAUAUAAAUGCCAACGAGAGGUAUUUUUUAUCAUAUAUCCGGUUAUAACUAAAUUAGUGUUGAUCCACGGUUAACAAAGUACAUCCUUGCGUGUUUUUGUAUUGAUUAAUAGGGUAAAGAGAAAGUU